GCACUGCCCCUUUGACUCUCGCCGCCUUCGAACUGAGCUGCGUGACAGUUGAAUACAUGGGAGAAAAUUGCGUGGGCACCGCGCUGCUCGUCCUGUCCGAGUCGCCCAUGCACCCCGCAGACGGAGUAACCGCUGGCCACGCCUGUUCCGCGCUGUGCUGGUGGCUGAGAGGGGGUCCGUGAAGGCACCGUUAAUGCGAGUCACAUGACAGGCCAGCCUCUCCGACGGAUCCGAUACACAUCUAAUAAUCAUGCCGACCACGCAGUCGCCCCAGGACGAGCAGGAGAAGCUUCUGGAUGAAGCUGUGCAGGCGGUCAAGGUCCAGUCUUUCCAGAUGAAGCGAUGCCUGGACAAGAACAAGCUGAUGGAUGCUCUGAAGCAUGCCUCUAACAUGCUGGGUGAGCUGAGGACCUCCAUGCUUUCUCCAAAGAGCUACUAUGAGCUCUACAUGGCCAUCUCUGACGAACUCCACUAUCUAGAGGUUUAUCUGACUGAUGAGUUCGCCAAGGGACGCAAGGUGGCAGAUCUGUAUGAGCUGGUCCAGUAUGCAGGGAACAUCAUCCCCAGACUCUAUCUGUUAAUCACAGUGGGUGUGGUGUACGUUCGCUCCUUCCCCCAGUCUCGUAAGGACAUUCUGAAGGACCUGGUGGAGAUGUGUCGCGGUGUCCAGCACCCACUCAGGGGUCUCUUCCUCAGAAACUACCUGUUGCAGUGCACCCGCAACAUACUGCCAGAUGAUGGAGAGCAGACAGAGGGACCAGAGGAGAUGACCGGUGAAAUCAACGACUCCAUCGACUUUGUACUGCUGAACUUUGCGGAAAUGAACAAGUUAUGGGUGCGAAUGCAGCAUCAGGGUCACAGCCGAGACAGAGAGAAGAGAGAGAAGGAGCGACAAGAACUCAGAAUUCUGGUGGGCACCAACCUAGUUCGCCUCAGCCAGCUUGAGGGUGUCAACGUGGACAAGUACAAACAGACGGUUCUUGCUGGAGUGCUGGAGCAGGUGGUGAACUGCAGAGACUCAUUGGCUCAGGAGUAUCUAAUGGAGUGCAUCAUUCAGGUUUUCCCGGAUGAGUUCCACCUUCAGACCCUGAACCCUUUCCUGCGCUCCUGUGCUGAGCUCCAUCAACACGUCAACGUCAAGAACAUCAUCAUUGCUCUCAUUGACAGACUCGCUCUGUUUGCUCAUCGAGAAGAUGGCCCUGGCAUUCCAGCUGAGAUCAAACUGUUUGACAUCUUCUCUCAACAAGUGGCCACUGUCAUUCAAUCUCGCCAGGACAUGCCAUCAGAGGACGUGGUCUCUCUCCAGGUGUCUCUCAUCAAUUUGGCCAUGAAAUGCUACCCCGACCGCGUUGACUAUGUGGAUAAGGUCCUGGAGAGCACUGUGGAGAUCUUCAACAAGCUCAACUUGGAACACAUAGCGACCAGCAGCGCCGUGUCCAAGGAGCUCACCCGACUGUUGAAGAUCCCAGUGGACACCUACAACAACAUCCUGACAGUGCUGCAGCUCAAGCACUUCCCACCGCUCUUUGAGUACUUCGACUAUGAGUCGCGCAAGAGCAUGAGUUGCUAUGUGCUGAGCAACACGCUGGACUACAACACCACCAUUGUGCAACAGGAACAGGUGGACGCCAUCUUGAGUUUGGUAUCGACACUGAUACAGGACCAGCCAGACCAGCCAGCUGACGAUCCUGACCCUGAGGACUUUGCUGAGGAGCAGAGCCUUGUGGGUCGCUUCAUCCACCUGCUUCACUCUGACGAUCCUGAUCAACAGUACCUUAUCCUGAACACAGCCCGAAAACACUUUGGUGCCGGUGGGAACCAAAGGAUUCGCUACACACUCCCUCCUCUGGUGUUCGCUGCCUACCAGCUGGCCUUCAGAUACAAGGAAAACUCCUCACUGGAUGACAAGUGGGAAAAGAAGUGCCAGAAGAUCUUUUCCUUUGCCCACCAGACCAUCAGUGCACUUAUCAAGGCUGAGCUUGCUGAGCUGCCUCUUCGACUCUUCCUGCAGGGGGCGCUGGCAGCGGGCGAGAUUGGCUUUGAGAACCAUGAGACUGUAGCAUACGAGUUCAUGUCACAGGCCUUCUCCCUGUAUGAGGAUGAGAUAAGUGACUCGAAAGCCCAGUUGGCAGCCAUCACACUGAUCAUCGGUACCUUUGAGCGAAUGCGUUGUUUCAGUGAGGAGAACCACGAGCCGCUGAGGACUCAGUGUGCGCUGGCUGCCUCCAAGCUUCUGAAAAAGCCUGACCAGUGCCGAGCUGUCAGUAUCUGCGCCCACCUCUUCUGGUCCGGUCGCAGUACUGAAAAAAACGGUGAAGAGAUCCGCGAUGGUAAGCGUGUGAUGGAGUGUCUAAAGAAAGCCCUGAAGAUUGCCAACCAGUGCAUGGACCCAUCACUGCAAGUCCAGCUUUUCAUUGAAAUCCUCAACAGAUACGUCUGCUUCUAUGAGAGAGAAAACGAUGCGGUGACUGUCCAGGUAUUAAACCAGCUGAUCCAAAAGAUCAGGGAAGAUCUUCCUAACCUGGAGGCAAGUGAGGAAACGGAGCAGAUCAACAAACACUUCCAAAACACACUGGAGCAUCUUCGCCUGCAGAGAGAAUCCCCCGAGUCCGAGGGUCCUGCCUAUGAGGGCCUGGUCCUUUAAAACUAUCACAGGUUGGAAGGAUGUGAAGCCCAUCCAUAGAUGUUUCACUUUAUUAUGAGCAUAAAACUACAUGCACUCACAGAGACACACAAAAGGCGAGGAAUAAAAAUAAUCAUCAAGAAAUGCUAAAAGAACUCAGUCCUUUAUUUUUUUUUAAAGCAUCAUUAUUAUUAUUAUUAUUAUUAUUCAUUUUCUGCAUCAGUUCCUCCUCACUGUCCCUCAGUAGCAGAGCUAUUUUCUGCAACGGGUUGGAGGUGUGUUUCAUUUUAAGAAAUGUGUGUCAGCAACAGUGUACUUAGCUUCGAUUUGCAAUGUGGCAAGUCUUAGGCAUCAUUCCUUUAUGAACUCAUACUUGACCAAUUUAUCUUUAACCUGCAUCACGUUAUUGUUGAUAGUAGACUUACUAGCUUUGUUAGGUGUAUACACUGACUCAUCAACCCCUCACUUGUUCACGUCUUUCCAUACUGACAAUUGGAUUUAUUAGUGGAGCGUUUCAAGACUACAGAACAUUGUAGUGGUGUUAAAGCUGUGAAACACGUGAGCUAGUUUCCAAACCUGAAAAGUCAAAAAUUCUGCUGUUCUUCAGGAUGGCUGUGUGGCACAUUGUAGACAGGUUGGGACUGACCAAACUGAAGUCCAGACAAAUGGAACCACAUGCAAACGUUUGCCCCACAAGAAUGACAAACAAUUCAGUUCCCAUUUAAGAAAACCAAAUGAGUAUUUUAAAAUGCAGCAUCUUAACAUCCUGUCCGAAUUUGACUGUGGGAACUUGUUAAUGUGUGCAUGACCCUCAGUUCUUAUACCAUCUCAGCUGGGGUGCAAAGAAAUUACAAAUAAGCUCACAAAUUCAUUAAUUUGUGUGUGGGAGAUAUUUCAUAUUUUUUUCAAAAGAUCCUAUAUCUUAUCACAUCUCGGUAGUGCUUCUUUUUAAUUUCAUAUUUGUCUCUCCAUCUUCAUAGACUCCAUAUUGUAUUAGUUUAUAUCUGGACUUCUCACAAUUGACGUGUUCAGAACUGCAGCAUGUGUUUGCAUGCUUUAGUGCGCUUGUACCAUAAGGCCCAAUUUACUCUAUAUAGAUCCUACCAACUAUUAAUGUCUGACUUUGUCAAAAAAAUGUGUAGAUCAGUGCAAUCCUGCAGGGCUGCAAGGAUUCCACAGGAUUGUAAGCUUGACAAGUUCCCAUACUGAGUACGUAACAAUGUACAAGCUUGUGUGUGAGAUUUUGGAAUGAUUUGCUGCAGCAUCGGACAGUGUCUGCUGAUCUCUCUCUAUUUUAUGUUUAGCUACUGUUGAUUUGUUUGAAGGUGGUAUUCUACCAAUUUCUCUCCCUUUUAGAAUCUGUGUAAACCCACUUGUAAAUCAGAUAAAGAAAGCAGAAUAGCAAUUAUCAUCGUCGGUUACAGAAACAAAAUUGAAAUUAACAAUAAAUAUUUGCAUUUUGUUAAUUUUACACAGCAUAUGAAUAUAAUAAAAUCUUAUCAUUAUUAA